AUGGCGAUUUGUACUUUCUACGCGAGGACGCUUUCAUCGGAAGCGUGUAUUGAAGACGUGAUGAUGCAAGCGAGGAAGAUCAAAUACGACAUCAUCGGGCUGACGAGGAGGCACGCUGUAUUCGAUACCGGAGAACAACUGUUCCUAGGAACAUGCGACUGCAGAGGCGUCGGCGGCGUAUGUGUGCUCGUCAGCACGCACUUGGCCAUGAGCAUCGAUUCGAACGAAAGCUUGGCAACCCAAGUCGGACGUUUGCGAUCAAGAUGUGGCUUAACCCCAGCUCCGACAAUUUUCGCUGCCUACGCACCAAUAUCAAGCUACGAAAAGGAGAAGUUGGAAGCGUUUUAG